UAUUCGAUCGAGCUUACGCAAGGAGCAUUGCGCGUUCCUCUGUAAAUAUUGACGAACUGCAUCGUCUUGUUCACAUCGAUAGUCUUUGUUUGACCUCUGAUUACGUCAGACGCAAAAAAGCGUCGCUGCGUUUUCCAUUUGGUUGCAGGUGUCUCCGGACAUCAGGUUACGGCUUUCAUAGGAUGAAUUUAGGAGCAGUUGCCUCUGUGAUCCUUGCGCUAGGAGCAGCUGCCGUGUUUUCUUCUCUUCACAAGAUCGAAGAGGGUCACGUGGGUGUGUACUACAGAGGUGGAGCUCUGCUUACUGGCACCUGUGGUCCUGGGUUUCAUCUGAUGCUGCCUUUCAUCACGUCAUUCAAGUCUGUACAGACAACUCUGCAAACAGAUGAAGUAAAGAAUGUUCCCUGUGGCACGAGUGGAGGUGUAAUGAUUUACUUUGAUCGCAUUGAGGUGGUGAACUAUCUUGUUCCCUCUGCAGUGUAUGGCAUUGUGAGAAAUUUCACGGCUGACUACGACAAAGCCCUGAUUUUCAACAAAGUUCACCAUGAGCUGAAUCAGUUCUGUAGUGUGCACUCACUGCAAGAGGUCUACAUAGGUCUAUUUGAUCAAAUAGAUGAGAAUUUGAAGCUCACUCUGCAGGAAGAUCUCACCAUCUUGGCACCUGGAAUCAUUAUUCAGGCGGUCCGUGUUACCAAACCAAACAUUCCAGAAAGCAUUCGCAGGAACUAUGAACUAAUGGAGAGCGAGAGGACAAAGCUACUCAUUGCGGCUCAGACACAGAAGGUGGUGGAAAAGGAGGCGGAGACUGAGAGGAAAAAGGCAGUCAUAGAGGCAGAGAAGGUGGCUCAGGUGUCUGAAAUAAAGUUUGGACAGAAAGUUAUGGAGAAAGAAACUGAGAAAAGGAUUUCAGAAAUUGAAGACAGCGCUUUCCUCGCCAGUCAGAAGGCAAAAGCAGACGCCGAGUUCUACACUGCACAGAGAACAGCUGAGGCCAAUAAGCUGAAGCUGACCCCUGAAUAUCUCCAGCUGAUGAAAUAUACUGCAAUAGCAACUAACAGUAAGAUUUACUUUGGAAGUGAGAUCCCUCACAUGUUUAUGGAUUCGGGACCAGGAAGCUCCUCCACAGGUGCCGCCAAAGCCAUAGAUGCUCUGUCAGAGGGGAUACUGGACAGAGAAUAAACAAACUUGUAAUAAAAGAUCAGGGAGUAAUAGGCAGUUGGUAUGCAGCAUUGGAAGCUCACUUUGGUAAAACGAACAUGGCACUGAAUCGGUGGGGUAAAACAUUACACCUGCGGUUUAUCAGGUGUGAAGUAGACUCUGGUAUCAGUGCUUAACACAUAGUAAGGGAGUAUUUUGCAGUACUUCUGAACAGAAUGAAAGGAAAAUCGUGAUUUAAUUAGAAUUUGAGUUUAUAACCGAAUGGAUUAUAAGUGUGAUAUUUUUAGAGCAAAGGAUUUAAUCAUGUUUAAGGGCCGUUCGCACUGUGACAAUAACUGUAGCCUAAACUACAUUGGUAACUAUACUGGUGUUACAGUCAUAAAGUCUACAGUAUAAGGAGGGGAGGAGUCACUGUGAGACAAAAUUAGGCAUAGUUGACCGAUCACAGGAAACCGAUCACAGCGCCGGAUACCAUUUGGCAUGUUGUUUUAUUGUUCUUCAACUGGAACAAAUUGUUCUGAACUGAAGGCGAUCCAAUCUUAAUUGUUAUAGUUGUGGUUUGGAUGCUUCUAUUCUUUUACAUUUACUCAUUUCAACAAUUUAUCUUCAAAGUUAUAGUUAUCGUCAAUAGUGUGAACGUCCCUUAGCUAUGCACCAUCAGUCUAAAUUUUGGAAAAACUAUUCAGAUUUUUUCCAUCUUUUGAAAGAAUAGUAAACUCAUCAAAGUUAUAUGAAGUUUGACAGAUGUAACUUUUGUGAUUCCGAAUUAUGUUGUGACUAAAAAUGUUAAAUUUCAGCAUCUUCAAAGUUGCCACCCUUCGGCUAGAAUUUGCAGAAUCGUUCUUUGGCAUUCAGCUUCUUGAGCUUUUAACCUGGGUAGCUUUUUAAAGAGUUUUGAUUGAAGGAGUUCCCAAUCUAUUCAAUGCUCUUUUCGGCAACUUAUUUGCGUCAUUUAGUUUAUAAGUCAUCCAUUUAAAAAAAAUAUGUUGGCACAUUUAUAUUUUUUGUCUAUACAAUAAAAUUUUGUCUUGAGAUUGAAAGAUUUUUUAAAUCAUUGAAAACUUUUAAGUCAAGCGUUUCCAAACAUUUGACUGCACUGUAUAUUACAUUUUAUAAAAAGAAAUCAAGUUGAUUCAUAAAUGUGCUUGCGACAUUUAUCAAGAUUUCCAGUGUCUUAAAUGAUCUUAUACCUCAGGGACUUGCCUAAGUUUAAUGGGUCUAAAUGUCAUUUGGUCUGUGAAAGCUCUUGAACACUAAACAGACUAUAGGAUAAGAAUUCUUGCGUUUGUUUCUGUCUUCUGUGUUUUUUUUUUCAAGAAUGUCAAAAAUCUCAACAUCAUGGAAAAGUUGUGAUGUUGAAUCAAAGACAUUUAAUGUAGCAAUGACAUGAGAACAAUAUAGCCAGCUAUAGCUUUUAUUGCCUUUGGUAUUGUGAUCUCAGUUCUAAUUUUGUUUAGAAAUGUUUCUUUGUGUCUGUCUGCUCACUGCUGUUGACCUUUAAGAGUUCAGAAAAUCUGUGUGAUGUUUCUCACAAAGUGGAAUCGUCAUUCUCUUUGUAAUCUACAUAUCACUGCUGUCCUUUAAACACUGUAUAUCCAUAUUUUGUGAUUUGAUUUUUUUGCCAUAAAUUAUUAUUAUUGGUUAUCCUUUGUUCAUAACUGGGUUUUGCAAAUAUCUAUACUAAACCUAUGAUAUGCAGUAUUAAAAAUACUUGUCAGCUUUGACAUCACUGUGUUGAAUCAUUUAAAAAGUAAUAAUUUGGAAAAGGUUUUGUUAGGAGAGCGACAAAAUAUUUGUUUUCAGCGAGCUGUGUUUAAACGGUGUUCUAUAAUUAAGAUUUUCUCUGAAGCUCUUUCAUGCAGUAUAUGAACAAAAAUGUCAUAUCCAUUGGAUUUAUUUCAUUUUUUUUUUUUUUAAGUUAAGUGUAUUUAGAAUCAGACUAGAAAACAUAUUUUAUCAUUCUUAUAUUGUACCUCCCAAUAACUUUCCUGGGCAUUAAAAGCUUGUCAACAUAUGUAGGAAUGAAUGGCAGUCUUUAGAUUUCCAGAACAGAAAGGUUUUAAAAUCAGUCGGGUAUGUACAUGUCUACAGUCAUGAAAGGUGACUUGAAAGCUGUAGAGCUGUAAUGAAAGAUCUUUUAUAAAUGUUUAAAUGAACAGCAUACCUCAAAAAAUUGAAGUGGUAUUGUAACUGGUCUAGCAUUCUAGAUCCUUGUGGGAAUGUUUUAAGUAGACUUACAUGUGUAGAGUUGUGUGGGGUGGUUUGUUUAUAUAAACUGAUUUGACACCAGAGCAAAUUGUGUAAUACUAUUUUCGUUUUGGAUAUCGAGAUUGAUAACUGUUUUAACUCUUGCAUGUGUGUGUGGGUGUUGCUUCAUUACUGAAUACAUUCAAAGGGAAUUAUAUAAAAAGGAAUUGUUUUCUGAUGCAUCUUGCAUGCAUUUCAUUCCACAAAAUUUUCUCAGGAACCAAGAGUGUACUGAAUAAACAGUACAUGAAAGACCAAAGUCAUUGGUGAUCCACUUGUGUUUUAGUUAAAUGUGCAGUAAUGUUUGUUCUGAAUUAAAAAUAAAAUGUCUACCAUUUGA